AUGCCCCUCUUCGGGAACACCUUCAGCCCCAAGAAGACCCCCCCCAGGAAAUGCGCCUCGCUUUCCAACCUUCACUUGCUGGAUAGGUCGACCCGGGAGAUGGAGCUGGGGCUGGAGUACGGCGUGCCCACCAUGAACCUCGCUGGCCAGAGCCUCAAGUUUGAAAACGGCCAGUGGGUGGCAGAAUCGGGGAGCUUCCCGGGGGAUCGCAGGGAGCUGCAGCGCCUGCGCAAGAGGAACCAGCAGCUGGAGGAAGAGAACAACCUCCUGCGGCUGAAAGUGGAUAUUCUGCUGGACAUGCUCUCUGAGACCACAGCCGAGACUCACUUGAUGGAGAGGGAGCUGGAGGAGCUGAAGAACAACAGCCGGCGGCGGAAGUGCUUCCUCCUGCGGGCCCCCAAAUCAGGAGGGACCCCCAGCGCCGGGCCGGGCCGCAGGCACUGCAUGGCGGCCAUUUCGUCGCCCCGAGGAACGGCCCAGCAGACAAACACUCAUGGGAUUUUUGGGAGCACCCUGACCUCACGCCGUUCCUUCGCUGCCCCCCAGCAACGGGCACCCCCGUUCCCAGGGCAGCCUGACGACAGGCG